AAACAUCUCCCUUCAGGGAUCCUGGACCUCGGUCCCCCGGGGCCCUACCUUACUCUGCUGACUGCUCUGUGUUCCGCCCCGUGACUAACCAGAAAGGUUUGAUUUUCACCGUCUUCCACCAUGAAGACCCCAAAGAAGCAGAGAAUAGAAAUUGUCAGCGUUUAUCAAUUUGUACUUACCUUUCUCUUCAUGGGCCUCUUCUUCUCUCUUCUCUUCCUCUUCCUCUUCUUCACUUCGUUCUGGUUCCUCUCCGUUCUCUACCUGGUGUGGCUUUUUCUAGACUGGGACACUCCAGACCGAGGCGGUCGGCGCUUUGAGUGGGUGAGGAACUGGAAGGUUUGGGAACAUUUUAGAGAUUACUAUCCCAUUAAGCUGGUGAAGACAGCAGAACUGUCCCCAGACAAAAACUAUGUGCUAGGCUCACACCCUCAUGGGAUCAUGUGCGCUGGAAGUUUUUGUAAUUUUGCCACCGAGAGCAAUGGCUUUUCCCGUCAAUUCCCGGGGAUUCGGCCCUUCUUGGCAGGGCUGGCUGGCCUCUUUCGAAUACCGGUGUACCGGGACUACCUCAUGAGCUGUGGACUAUGCCCCGUGAGCCGGCAGAGCCUGGACUUCGUGCUGUCGGGGCCCCAGCGUGGUCAGGCUGUGGUCAUCUUGGUCGGGGGCGCUAAUGAGUCAUUGCACGGGGUCCCAGGAGAACAUUGCCUCACGCUUCUUAAGCGCCAGGGGUUCGUGCGCCUGGCCCUGAGGCAUGGGGCCUCCCUGGUUCCUGUGUAUUCCUUUGGAGAGAAUGAGAUCUUCACACAAGCAUCAUUUGGGAUAGGGUCCUGGCAAAGGACUUUGCAGGCAGCCUUCAAAAAAUUCACUGGCUUUGCUCCUUGCAUAUUCUGGGGGCGGGGUCUCCUCUUCCGCUGGGGGCUACUACCUUUCCCUGUGCCCAUUACAACUGUUGUGGGCUGCCCCAUCGCAGUACCCUAUCGUCCGAAUCCCAGUCAAGAGGAGGUUAACCGGUACCACAAACUCUACAUGGAGGCCUUAGAACAGAUGUUUGAGGAGCACAAAGAAAGCUGUGGUGUCUCCCCUUCCACCCAUCUUACGUUUAUCUAGGGCUCUGCCCCUGUGUCACCACCACCCACUACUCCGAUUCUAUGCAUUUCCCUAUCUUAGCUCUAGCCCUUUACAAGUGUGACCCUCAGAAGUGGACUGGGUCCUGCCCUCACUUUGAAAACAUUCCUUUUCCUUCUAAUAAACACUCUUCCCUCCCUA